GGCGUGCAUCCCGUCCUCCGUUAGGCACAACAAGCAGCGUAUACAGAGCCAAGCAAAGAACCAGCCCGAUCCUUGCAAGCAUGAGGCCCCAGGCGCUGCUCGCCGCGCUAGUCGUCGUCGCCGUCCUCGCAGCAGCUCUGCCCCUCGCCCACAGCCAAGAUGCAGGGGCGACGCCGAGCGCGUGGCCGUGUUGCGACAAGUGCGGCUCGUGCACCAGGUCCAUCCCGCCGCUUUGCACGUGCAUGGACAUGUCACCGACCGGGUGCAACAAGGCCUGUAAGACCUGUGCCAAGCCCAACUCCACCCUCGCCGGCGGUGACGGCUUCCGGUGUGCGGACCGCAUCGCCAACUUCUGCAAGCGCCGCUGCACGCCGGUUGCAUGACUAAUUGGACGGUGGAUCAUGUCGCCUGAAUAAUGAACUUGUGCCUUUAAGUUUCUCUCGGUCUUCUUUCAGAGUUCCCUCUGCAUCUUGGUCUGCAUAGAUGUAGAGGAGAAAUGAACGGUCGAUGCUUGCUCAUGGUUUCUUUCUAUGUCUCAAAUAAAUUAAGAGCAUAUUAUAUGCUCAAACUCUUUUCUGUUAAA